AUGGUAGAGCCGGUGGCUGCGCUUGGUGGUGCUGCAGCGGUGAUACUGAUGGAGCCUGUGCUACCGUACGCACUGAGUUUCGCUGCAGGCGCGAUGAUCUACGUGGUAGUGGAUGACAUUAUACCAGAAGCACAGAGGAACGGCAAUGGCAAGUUGGCUUCGUUGGGUGCGAUUAUUGGAUUCAUAGUGAUGAUGUCCAUGGAUGUGGGACUUGGAUAG